CCAAUCCAUAAGCUUCUCUUCAACUAUAAACCACACAUUUCAGCUUUCUUGUUUUUGCCUUGUUUUCAUUGGUUCUUUGCUCAACUUACCAUUUCUUGUCCCUUACUUCCAAGAAAUAGUGAGAAAAAUAAAGGGUAGUGGUCAAUUUUUUUUGUUUUUUGUUUUUUGUGAUGAAGAAUUUAGGUGGAUGAUUGAAAAGGGACAACCCCACUUGUUUAAAACUUCCAUACUUCAAUCAUCCAUUAUUGUUUUUUACAUUCAUCUCCAUAUUUUCUUCUUCAUUUGCCUUUGUAUAAUUACCUCAAUUGGGAGUCUAAAUAAAUAAAAUCACAUAGUUUUGGUUUUUCAAUAUACAAUCUUUGAUUUUUUCAAGAAAGAGGUUGGUGACCUUUGUUUGUUCCCCAUAAAUUUGUACUAUAAAAAGUUGGUAUUUUUGAUAAAAGGAGGGGUCUUUGUAUCUGGACUUAUCUCCUACUUUUUUCAUCAUUUGGGGAUUUUUCCAGGUGUCAGAGACCCAUAUCAGAUCUGUUUUCCCAUCUUAGAAUACAAUAAAAGAAAAAAAAAAUCCAAUCUUUAUUGUGUAUAUGAACUGAUCUUGCACUCUCUACUGGAUUAUUGAUAUGGGAAUUUGAGAACAACAUAAAUAGAGGAGAAGUAUUCCACUUUCCUUUUGCUGUUGUGUCUAAAUUUAUGUGACCACUUAUCCUUUGUUUUAUUUCUUUUUGCUCAUAAGAGUAAAAGGAUUGUGUAUAUAGUAAUAGAUUUUAUUUAGUUAAAGCUUUGUUUUUAGUCAAUCUUGUUAGACUUUUGGUGAGGCCCACUCUUUGUUUUGGUGGGCUUCAUCAAACCAAUAGAAGGAUAAAACCUGUAUUUUUGGAAGGGAUUGGUGGGGAUCCCCUUUAUCUCCUUUUUAAGUAGAGUUGUAGUUUAAUAAUUGUUAUAUAGUAGGAAGAAAGAGUAAAAGCAAAUGAGUUUCUAUUUAUUUACCUAACUUUUGAUCUUCUCCCCACAUGAUUUAUGCUUAAAUUGAAUCAUCAAAAACCUUUUUCAAAUGCUUUUCUUAUUGAUAACUUGCUUCACCUUCAUCACUUUCCUUUAUAAGUCUCUUUCCCUUAAACCACUUCCCUUAUGGAGUUCUGAGGUCAGAUUGUUAUCAAUCUAUUUUUGGAAAGAUUUCUUGAUUUAAACCUUUCAAGAAAGCAUUUUGGAAGCUGGUUUUAUCCCUUUUAUUAUUUCAAGAAUGUCACUUAGGAGAAAGAGUUUCAGCUCUAGAGUAGAGAAUGUUGAUCGAAAUUCAGAAAUGUCUGUUCUUGAUUUGCCUGAAUUGGCUUUGGAUUGUAUUCUUGAGAGGCUCCCCCCUGAGGGACUUUGCAAUAUGGCCAGUGUUUGUAGUUUUCUGAAAGAGAAAUGCAAAAGUGAUUAUCUUUGGGAAAGACAUAUGAAAGAAAAAUGGGGUAGAGUUAUUGGACCUGCUGCUUAUAGGGAAUGGCAGUGGCGUAUUGCUUCAAGAAAUGAUUCAAGUUUCUUUAACCAAGCUAAACAAAGAGGUUUUAUGACUUACCUCUCUCAGUUUUGGCCUAUUUCAUUAGUUAGUAGAUCUAAUUCUAGCAUUAGUAGUAUCAAGAAAAAACAUACCCCACCACCUGUUGAUUCAGUUAUGUCUUGGUAUCUUGCUCUUGAAUCUGGCAAGUUUUGGUUCCCUGCUCAAGUUUACAAUCGAGAGAAUGGGCAUGUUGGUUUUAUGCUAUCUUGCUAUGAUGCUGAGCUUAGCUAUGAUCUAAGAACUGACACUUUCCAGGCUAGAUAUCCUCCACAUGGAAGGAGGGCAAUUGCAAUAGAGACAGGUGUAACAUGGGAUAGAUUAAGAGCUCCCCCUCUUGAUACUUCUCCACAUGAUCUUUAUAUCUCUGAUUGCUUAACUGAAUUAUGCCCUGGUGAUCACAUUGAGAUUCAAUGGAGAAGAAACAAAGAAUUUCCUUAUGGCUGGUGGUAUGGUAUUGUAGGCCACUUGGAAACAUGUGAUGGAAAUGAGUUUUACUGCCGUUGUCAUGAUAGUGAUACUGUAAUUCUAGAGUUCAAUCAAUAUACUCCUGGAUCGCGGUGGAGAACAACAACCAUUGAUAGGAAAGAUCAUCGCGAAGAAGGAAAUGAAGCUGAUGGAUUUUAUGGAGGAAUUCGGAAGCUUCAGAGCAACGAAGAGAUUUCUAUGUGGAGACACCUCUGGCCAACCGAUGCGUUGGAGUAAGUUGAAAAAGAGUAUUUGGAAGUUACUCGCUUAAUGCUUCACUGUUGUUGGCAAAAAGAUCACCAUUACAAAAGCUCAUUUGUUCCUUCAGAAUGUGAAAUAGUUACACAAGAACUUAGAAGUUCACUUCCACUAGCAUUUUCAGUGCCUUUUUUCAGUCAUGUCUAUUGUUUGUGAUCAGUGGGGGAGUUAGAAGAGGUUAUUUUGAUACUGCAGAGAUUGCCUUAUUUGCUUCUCCACAAGUCCAAAUUGUUUGUAAAAUAAUUACCACGUUUACAGAUUGAUUUGUUUAGUGAAUCUAUUAAAGCUUUAGUAUAGCUUCUUGUACUAAGAAAUUAGAUUCUUGAUUUAUCUC